UGAAGGCUCUCGGCUGUGCGUUCAGUGUUUAUAUGAAACAUUGUGCGGGGCAUCGGCGGGUCUGUCCCGCACUGAAUUUAUGCUUGCCUCCUCGAUGACGGAUCUGGUCUUGGGGCGAUUAUUUAGGAAACGACAUGGCCAGUCAUAGACUCGGCAAUCAUCAAUCAUCGUCUUGAUCCCGAUUGGAGUCAUGCAUCCUCAUCCAGCCGCAGUCCAUUUCCCCAUUGCCUUCCUUUCCCUUGCAUGCGGAUUAGAUCUGCUGCAAGUCUUCAGCGGAAAUUACAAUGUCGUCAACGUGAAGCAAUGGGCAUCUGCGCAAGAAAUCAUGAAGGCCGCCCAUUACGCACAAAUUUUGGGAUUGAUCGCCGCAAUUCCCGCAAUUGCGACCGGAUUUAGGGACAGUAUCAACAGUCUCUGGGGGCAAAGUCUCUACGAUAAACAGACCAAGCAGCUGAGACCAAAGAUAAAGAUACUUGCGAUACACACAGCCGUGACGAUUAUCGCAACACUAGGACACCUGGGCAUCUUCUACAACCGGGAGCGCGUACAAUCAACAUGGGCAUCUUUGGGCCAGCUUGAUCCCCGAAUCGUCGCGUUGGAGGCUAUCUUCUGUGGGCUAAUGUUCUUCGGCGCAGGUCUCGGUGGAAAGUUGGCGUUCCAGUUUGGAAUGUGUGCCGGUGUCCAGCAAAAGAAGAACAAAUCGCAAUGAGCAGCCUUUGUGUCGCACAUCGCCAUGGAACUAUAUUCGAUAAUAGAUUACAAAAUAGCUCCGCAUCACCGCCGCAGCUUAGCAAGUUUGAACACAGCAUAGAAUAUUUUGUGCUAUGGAUGCUCAUC